GUCUUGCACAGGUGUACCAGCUCCUCCCCUUCAGUCUUUCACAGGUGUACUGGCUCCUCCCCUUCAGUCUUGCACAGGUGUACCAGCUCCUCCCCUUUAGUCUUGCACAGGUGUACCAGCUCCUCCCCUUUAGUCUUGCACAGGUGUACCAGCUCCUCCCCUUUAGUCUUGCACAGGUGUACCAGCCCCUCCCCUUCAGUCUUGCACAGGUGUACUGGCUCCUCCCCUUUAGUCUUGCACAGGUGUACCAGCCCCUCCCCUCCAGUGUACCGGCUCCUCCCCUCCAGUCUUGCGCAGGUGUACCGGCUCCUCCCCUGGACUGAAAUGGCUUCCUCUGAUUUCACUGCAUACUGUGAGCCUGACUGUCCCUGGCCCCACCCCUUUCAUUUAUUGCAUUUCAAUUCUGUCAAUCAUGGAGGUUCAGCAUCACAUGUGGGCGUUACCUAUGCAAAAACAGCCUGCCUGAGAAUGCCCACUCCUCCAGACUGACACCCACACAUCAAGAAAUUUUUGAUAUUUGCAUAACUCCUCCCCACUGCUUGCACCAGGACUGGGGGCUUCUGA